AGAGAGAAAAGGGAAGUGAGAGAGAGAGAGAGAGAGAGAGAGAGAGAGGAAAGCUCGAAUGGUGGAAACAAAUGAAAAGUACUUAGCGUUAAAGAAAAGAUUUUUUCCUCAUGAGUUCCUUCGGCCCCAUUUCUUACUAACUUCGUCUCUUCCAUCACUUUGACUCUUCUUCUUGCUUUUCACAACUCAAAAGUACUAGCCUUUCUCUUCAUUCCUGAAGGGUUCUGAUUGUUGUUUACAUGUACCGCGUCAGAAUUCACUAAUUAAGCUGAAGUUGGUGAUUUGGGCGCUUCUUACAAUUUGAGUGGACAGAAGUAACCAGGGAACAUGACUACUCAACCGAGCACGAAAGUUCGACUGGUUAGAUGUCCUAGAUGCCGAGAGGUUCUAGCAGAGUUGCCGGAAGUUACUUUGUACAGAUGCGGAGGAUGUGGCACUAUUCUCCAAGCUAAAAGUCGGAAACUGGAGACCAACCGCACUGAAUUAUCCUCGCAAGAAACGGAUGCUGCUGUGAAAAGUCAACAGGAUAAUGUUAUAGAAGAGAAGGGAGCCAGAAGCUCAAGUCAUGAUUUGUCUAAGGUCGAAUCUUUGCCGGUAAAAGACAGCAUAAGAUGCCGAGAUGAUCAUGGGGACUGCAGAGUGGAACUCCGUGAGGACAGAAGUGUCUCCAAUGGCCAUUCCAGCUCAUCUGAGGUUACCUCUCCACAAACUGAAGAUUCACAUGUAGAAGUGAAAGAAUCUUUGAAAGAGGAAAACCCUUUAGGCCAGAAUUCCCAAAGAUAUCAUAGCAAAGUUCACGAUGACACGGGGGAUAGGAAUGGAAGCAGAAACUCUUCAAAUGACUUCCCUAGCUCAGGUGAGCUUACUCGUGAGGCCGAAGCGUAUUCCCCCGAAAUGAGUGAUCAUUUGGAGCAAGACAACAAGAACAGCUUGGAUCAAGUCAACAGAGUAGAUAAAACGGAAGGAGGAGAAUCACAAAACUCGUGGCAAGAAGGUGACAACUUUGUUGAUGAAGCUCGGGAUUUUCCGGACCAUGAAGAUCAGGAGAGUGCUUCACCUCCAGACCGUGAACAUAGAGAAGGGACAAAAGAUAAUUAUGCUCAACCAGAAAAUGAUGAAAACAGUCAGAUUCUUUUUGCUGGUCAGAAUGUAGACUUUGAAGCAGUAGUGAACGCUGGAGUAGAUUUGUCUUCUCAGGCUGUUUCAGCGGAACAAAGUGUUGAAAUAGAUGACAGCGGUGAAGGUCUUCCUUUCCUUAGAAGCAGAACCACAGAAAAGAACAUGAAUGCAAGUGUCGAUGAUUCUGUUGUUGCUUCUGAAAGCCCACCCUUAAAUGAGAGCCUUGUAUCAUUUUAUCUCACGUCUCCUGAUGAUGAACACCUGGAUCAUUCUAUGAGGGAAGUUACUAGUAAUUUUGGAAGAAUAAGCUCCAUAGAUACAUUGGGAAGUUCAGCUCAUGCUGACCUUAGCGCCGAGCUCAACUUUAAACGCGGGUCGAUGACUAAUUAUCCAACAACUAGUGGGUAUUAUGCUUAUGAUGGUAGUGAAUCUUCUAAUGAUGAAACCGAUGAUCAAAUCUACGAACAUAUUUCACAUCCCUCAGCAAAGAGGACGGAUGUGGACUACAUCAGCACCAGAGAAAUGCUCGGAAAGGAGAGAUUCAGGGUGAGUAGUGAACAAGAGAGAAUUCAUUGGGCAACAAGUUCCUCAAACCAUGCAAUGAGAAAUGGCCACUGGAGCCCAGAUAAGUCUACUGAAACUGGUAGGUAUACCAGUGGAAAUAGGAUGAGACUGGACAAACAAGGGGGUGUUUCUAGCUUACCGUUCACAUCCAAGGAUCCCCUUUCUGACUACAGAACUGUAAGCCCUGCAAGUUAUCGACACAAUUUGCUCCCUCCCCGUCCAGGUUUCAGUUCAUCAGACAAGCCUUCAUAUUCAGAACUGGAUGACACGGACCUAUUGAGAACAGUGCAUGAGCUGAAAGAUCAACUCAACAAGAUGCGCUUUUCCAAAGUUACAACAAAUAGAAGGUUUCCAGCUGGAGUCAUGGAUGGAAAGUUUACUCCUUUUCACUAUGACCACUUAGCACCAGAAAGAGAAAUAUAUGCAGAUCUGAGCCGUCCCAGUAGAUAUAAUCUACGAAGUAAUCAAGCAGGAGUUUGUGGUGAGCUGUGCCACGUCUCAAGACCGGCUUUUUCAGGAGAUGCUGCACACUGUAGAUACCAAGUUAGCUGCUCUUGUUUGCACUGCUGUCCCCAAGACUGGCACUACUCAGCACAGUUGCCUUCAGACUCCAUGCACUGUAAAAAUGGUCACCGUAAGGUCCACGCUGACCACAACCACUUCAAUAUCUCUAGUUCCCUGAGUCCCCAGCAUUACACAAGCUCUGAACUAUGGGGCUGCGAGACAAAGUCUGACAACCAGAGGCACGAUGAGAUAAGACGUUUAAAAUUGAAAGAGAAAUAUCAGACCCCAAAGAGGCAUCUCCGACCCAUAGCAGGUGGAGCCCCAGUUGUUGCUUGUUAUCAUUGCUCAGAACUAUUGCAGCUACCUGCUGACUUUCUCCUCUUCAAGAAAAGAUAUCAUCGGCUAAUGUGCAAUGCCUGUAGGAAAAUUCUGAAAUUUUCUCUCGAAAAAGGAACUCACAUAGUUCCAUACCUUCCAGAUGCUUAUGCCCCUCCACCCAGUGAGGCUGAUGACCAUAAUGAUGCUACCAGCCAGAGAAAUCAGGAACCAUUAUCUCAUUCUAGUUCAGGCCAACAUGUUGAACACAUAUCUUAUUCUGACGAUUAUGGGCCGUCAUUUUGUAGAAGUUGCUCAACAGAAGGGGAGGCUUCGGUUAUCUUGCCAUCAUUUGACCAAGUUGGGAAGACCUCCUACAAUAGGAAGAUGUCAUCCAGCGGUUCUCAUGAGCCGACAGAAGAUAGAAAGAUGAAAUCUAUCUUGAGGGAGCCUCAGAAGAAGAAUAAGAGUUCCCUGGAGACCGAUGAAUCAGUUGGACCAUCUUCGCUGCAAACUGUUGAACCGGUCGGACCUUCAUCAAGAUUGCCCAAGUGGAAAAAAGCAACCUCAGAAAUCGAAGAGCUGCAACCAUCAUCAAAUUCUCCACUCCAUCGGCUAAUGGGAUAUUCAUCCCCCAGCCAAGUGUUGAAAAAGUGAUCUAAGGAGACCAAACAUGGUCACCAUGCUCAGUCCAGACGAAUUUUUAACUCUCUGAGUGUUUCUUGCUGUGAAUGAAACAAGGCGCCUGAUUGACCUCAAUGACUGCACGAAACAAGCUUCACAUACAACACAAAUAUAAAGCAGGAGGAGCCUCUAAGCUUGGAUAUACUAGGAAUACACAAAUUGUCCGUGUAAUUUGAACUGUUUCAGGCAGGAUCAUCAAAUGAGUUCUUCUGAGAUAAACAUACAUCCCCUACCGUUGUCUUCCUUCAUCGUCUCUGUAUGCUUCUUUACAGCUGGUAUUCGCAUGAGCUCGUGUCGUAUAGCUAUAAAAACUAGAGGGUGAUUGUUGUAUGUGUAUACGUUGGAUAGACUUGUAAUAUUUAUUAUUUUAUUUGUUGUGUAACAAUGUAUGGAUUUACAGAUUACAAAAUAAACUGUCUUUUGGCGAAUCA